UGGCUACCAUACACGUUACGGCGAUCUUAUCUGGCUCCAUUGGGUCUCUCAGCGCUCAUUCUGGCUAUAACUUUAGCGAUACUAUGUGUCUACUCUUUACGUCACGAUGGCAUCGGGAAAGAAGACGGCUCUGUGGGUCUUUUCGUUGCGAGACGUUACAUACCGACCAUCAUCGCGGUUCUGUUCACCUUGGCUCUUACUAUGAUAGCUGAGGAUGUCAAAAGAACCGAGGCGUUCGCACGCAUGGCCAGUCCCCAGCCGGUCACAGCAAGCCACACUCUAUUCUAUUUACCCCAAGUGUGGUGGAAGAGUGUGUUCCAAGGACUUUCACGAAAAAGGAGUGGCGGUCACAGACGCUGGGUCUUGAGCAUGUCCUCUCUAGCAGCAGGCAUCAGCGUUCUUGUGAUCUCUACUCUCUCUUCUUCGGUCUUUGUCACAAAAGAGGUACUGCUCCGCACGGAAAGCCAGCUUCAACAACACACAAGUCAUCAAGACGGCUCAAUUCCCCUUCUUCCGAGACGCGACACCUAUACGCGUACAAUAAGUGGUUUUCUAUAUAAUGCAUCCACAUCUUUGUGGAUAUCGGACUCGCACGUCAUUCUUCCAUUCUUGACACCAGGCCAAGGCACUGCUCGUCAACCUCCCCAAGAUGGGACGUGGGAAGCGGAAACAAUAGUGCUUAAGUUCGGAUCUACAUGCACACCAAUGGCACUGGCCGAGAAGGCUGACCUCAACAUUACUUUCGUAGCCGAAGACGAUUCCUCGACAGGACGCAACGCUACUUUCCAGAAAGAGUCCAGAGGUCUCAAGCUUCGAUCUGAGGAUGGUUGUGAGGUGCAGCUUCAGACUCCUAUUGCUCCUUCCUCUAGAGAAAAUGGGGCCAUCAUAAUUGACCAACCCAUUGGGCCAUUCUUCAGUGACAGUUUGACUUUGGAUGGAGGGAUGAUAUGGACAAAUCUGUCCUCAUCAUACAUCUCAUGGCAGAGUCUGAUAGAAGAGCACGGCCGAAGCCCACCAAUUGAUUCCGGAGGGAAGUCAGUCCAAGAUCAAUGGAGGCGAACAUUCAUAUACGGAAUUUCACAGCAGUGUCUAGGGCGAGACCUCCUAUUUGUCUCACCUGCAUGGUUCGGUGAUCUUACAGUCAGAUACAAGCCCUCGCUAGCCGACUACUGGAAGAAUCUUACCGUCCGUGCAGAACUCUGUACUCCGACAUACUCGAUGGCCACUAUCCCAGUGACAGCAGUCAUCGGCAAUGCCACGUCGCGGGUGUUCUUCGAUGAAGCAGAAUUCUUACGAAACCAGCAGCCUUUGCCAACAGGCAUGAUCGAUUUAGACCGUUUGAAUGAGCUCGCAUUUGGUAAAACAUGGCAAAAGUACCUUUCAGUGCCAGGAGGAGUCAGUGGGAUACAAGGGUUCGAGGGCCCAUCAGUGCUGCUUGCUAAGACCUACUCUCUCGUGCUGGAAAACUUGUUGCACAACGCUACGCUACCAGAGCGUGCCAGCAGAUUGAGAUCUCGCUUCUUCACUGAGCUCAUAUCCUCUUCGGUACUAGAUGCAGACAUUCCAGUCUUGAAGGACAUUUCUGCGAAAAGCAUCAGAGCAGAGACUCGCAUUGUCGUUGUUCCGGGAGUGAGCAUCACGCUUGCGAUACUGUUAUUCUUGGCGGCGUGCUACUCCUUUGCUAUGCUCUGGUUUGUUUCAGGACACCGCAGACCUCUCGAUCUUGACUCAGAUCCUGGCGCUUUAGCUGGUAUUGUGCCGCUUACGGACGUUUCGUCCUCGCUUACGGCUUGCCUGAGAACCUGGACGGCUUACGAUCGCACAGAGAUACAGGCCAAGGUCGGAACUCAGGUAGUCGCUGUGUACGAUGGCACACUCCGACAACAGGGAUUAGACCAUGGACACGGGAUAAGCAGCACUCCCUCCGCUUCCAUCGCAGAACGAAGAUUCUGGCAGCCCAAAAGCCAAGUCGGAAAACAUCCAAAAACCGACUGGAGACCCUCGAUGCUUCACAAAGUAUGGCUUGCAUGCCUACUUCUUAGCAUCGUAGCUAUUGCGAUAGCUUUGCUAAUCUUGAACGAUUUUGCCAGCAAAGACGCCCUUUUCCAGACAGCAUUCGUUCAGCAAAUCAGCUUCAAUGCUUUCCAUGCUACUUUCUCACCACAUGCCAUCGUUGCCACUCUCAUCGCUGUUAUAGUGGGGCUAUGCUGGGACAGUAUCGACAAGUCAAUGCGGACCCUCCAGCCCUAUCUGGCGCUGUCGAAAGGACCUUUGGAGCCUUCUCAUGGCCUUUCAGUGUCAUAUCAGUCUUCGUACUGGUUGUGGGCGGCGGUCAGAUCUGCAAGAGUCAAACACUGGUUGCUGUGUCUUGUCACGGUCGGAUCCACCUUGUCACAGAUUCUGGUCAUUGCUAUGGCGGCGAUCUUCGAACGACACACAGUCAUACACAAGCUGUCCACAGACUCCAAUAGCCUUAUGACAACCCGUCUAGUCAGGGCAAGACAGGAGCCUUUCGAAUUCAGUUCUGGUCUUGGUAGUCGUCCAUUCUAUUUGAAUGACGGGCUGCUUGGAACCUCCGAAACAGAUUGGCUGUACAAUGCGCUGGAUGACAUCACUCUCGGCACAACUCCACUCUCGUGGGCCAAGGAUGAAUGGGUGUUUACGCCUGUGAACGUUACAAAUCAAGACGAUCGGAAGAUGCUAUAUAUCGCGUCUAGCACACAAAGCGAGGCUAUUGAUGGGUACGUCACGUCGGCCUUGAAUGUGUCCCUCACCACCUCAGCAUUACGAGGCAGACUCGAAUGCGAAGCAGUCAACAUGGCUGGACUUGAUUGGUUGGAUGAUGUGAAAGAUGUAUACCCAAACAGAUUCAACAAAUCUGUGACUGGUCAUGUUCUUCCUCUGACGCUUUCCGCCGGCUCACAGUUCGCUGCACCCGUUUUCAGCGUACCACGGCGAAUGGCAUGCUGCACAAACGACGGUAGCAAAGAAUCUCCAUCUAUCAUUGCUUACUGGUCUACCAUCAAUCCCGACGACGCUGCUGAUAUUGUGGUGCCUAGCGGAUGGUCCAGGACUUUUGCUAUCAAAUGGAUCGUUGGCCUAGCAGCGUCUACCCUGAUACCUGGAAGCGAUCCGAACCACGUCUCAGCUACCUAUGGAAAUGGAAACGAAAGCGUUCUGUACUUUCCCGAGGAACCGCAAAUGUCGACUUUGAAGUGCAAUCCUGUCAUUGAGCAGGCCAAUGCUAGCAUCACGUUGGCGCGAGACUCGGCUCAGAUCCUCCAUUACGAGCUUCUUGAGCCUCCGUAUCAAGCAACCGGUGCAUGGGACUACGCAUACGAUGUUAUGUAUCGAACUCCUAGGUCGAAUGAUUCAGAGGGCAACGUUAGACUGACAAUUCCCAGCUUUGGAGCUUAUUUCAUCUCUCAGCUGUUGACAGCGCCCAGCAUCAUCCAGCCUGCCUACUCAACAAGCACGAUGGUCUACAAUCAAACCAUCGAAAACCUCGGUGCGGAGCGAUUUACUUUGCGCGACACCGACAAGGGAACAAACAUGGAUUACAUGUCCUAUGCCAAUUACGUUCUUGCGAACAAAGACGCCACGGCACUCCUCAACACUACUGCGCUGCAAAAGUACUCCGAGCAGACGUUCCAAACUUUCUUCAAACAUUUUGCUGCCUCUGCAAACUGGACUUAUAACUCGUACUCGUUAUCGAGAGCCGCAUACGAGGUUGAUGGCUCAACCGAGGAGUUCAAUGGUACCAUUACGCAACGAAUCGAAGCCCUCAGCAUGAACAAAGUGGCAACAUGGCUCUCACUGUCCAUCUUGUUCCUGCUCACGGUCAUACUAGUUGUACUAAUUGUAGCGCUUCAGACUGUCUAUCCGCGCACAUCAAUGAGGCGGCAUGUAGAGUGCCUGGCAGAUGUCCUUGCAAUGGUAGCUGGGAGUGACGAGUUGGUCAGACUGGUAAAUGAGAUUGGAGUGGAGGGCAUGGAGAAAGCUGGGAUCAAGACAAGACUCGGCUGGUUCAGGGACAAGAGAGGUGUUAUCAGGUGGGGCGUAGAAGUGGUGAACGAGAACGUGGAAUGGGUAGAAGGGCCUGCCGAAGCAGGAUAG